AUGAUGAAAGGAAGUUAGUAAAAUGUUCUACUGAAUGAGUUAAAAGAAAUCCCUAUUUAUUCAGAUAAUUGGUUUUGGAAGCUCAGAAUGAAAAAUCAAGCAUUGCUUUAAUUUUCGAUUAUUUUUAUCCUAAUACUUGGAGUAGUUUUAGGCAUUUAUUCAGUCAACAUGGCUAUUAUCGUUCCUCUGUUAGAGCAAUCCUCAUUUGAGAUAUACAAUAAUAAUGCAAAACAUACAUUAUAAAGUCAUUUGAGAAGCUACGAUGGUAUUCUAAAUGGGAUAUUUAAUAUAAAAAUAGAUAUCCACUAAUUGCAAAUACUUCAUCAAAUUUACACUUAAUCUUACAGGAACCUUGAAAAAGAAGAUAACAUUACUUUGGAUUAUAGAGCUCACAUGGAUUAUGCAGGUACAAAGAAAAUGCCUUAAAUACUUGUGGAUUAACCACCUGGAUCACUGUAAAAAACACAUUCAUUUAUGUGCUAUACAAAUAAAACCAACAUAACAUAUCCAAUGAGCAAAGUUACAUUAAUUAAUUUAAAGAUCUAAGAAACCAUGUAUCCUAUAGGUCAUAUUUUGGCUGCCACUAAAUUAAACAUAAAAUCCUUAUUUUAUGUAGGAACUUUAGAUGAGCCUUAAGUUUACUUUUCAUACCCUUGCACCAAUUUCCAAAACGCUAUUUAUGGAUUGAACAUUCCGAAGAGACCCUGGUUUUUGAAAGGCAUUAGCGUGUAUGAUCAAUCGAAUUUUAGUGAUUACGAUUAUUAAUUUACCGACCCCUUUCUUUAAUUUACCAAAGACAAAAUUGAAGUCACUCUUGUUAUGCCCUUGCUUGAUAGAGAUCUUAAAUUAAAGGGAGUGAUGGCAUCGGAUCUGGGGACAGAUUUAAAUAAAUUUGUAGUUAAAACUGAUCAGAAUGUUCAUAUGGUCCUAUUGGCCAAUGCUAAGGGACUACUCAUUUAUCACAGUUACAACGUAAGUUUGUCGCUCCUUCCUAUUUAUAUUUUCAAUACUUCUCUUACAGGAUUUACUUUGGAUGACUGGGCUUCAAUAAAAGAUACAAAAUAAAGCAAUUGUUCAUCUUAUCCUAAGAACUCUAGUUUGCUUUGUCGUUACAAUAGUGUGUAUGAUAAGGAUUUGGUGAUUACAAUUCAUGAGAUCAAGAAAUUCAAUUAUCUCUUUAUGAUAUUCCAUGAUACUGCAGAUUAUACUGAUUAUCAGCUCAAAUCAACUGAGGACAUGUUGGAUAAGCUGUAAUUAGAAGCAAUCUAAUUUCUGGAAAUCGCCCUUGGAAUUUUUCUGGGUGCCAUGUUUAUAGCCAUUUGCAUUCUAAUCUUAAUCUUUUAUCCCAUCCAGAAAAUUAUAGAUAAUUGUCAUUAUAUAAUGGGAAUCAGAAAUAAAUAAAAUAUGAACAAAAGGAUUCUGCUAACAAAAUUCUUUAUGCCCUUCCUGAAUCCUUAAUUAUAAUUACUCUUUCUGGCAUACACUAAUUUAGUUAAAAGGUUUUUGUCCUUAUCGCAUACAAAAGGAAGUCUCUGCAAAACUCAGGAGGCGUUGCAAUACCCGAAGAAGAUUAAGUAGAAAGCUCACCUUUCGUUAAAUCGAUAUUUAAAAAAAAACAUGAUUUUAAUAGAAAUAAACAAAAUGGUUUUUUAGGCUUCCACAUACUUUCCCUCUUAAUUGAUGGGAAGAUUUGUUGAGAAAAUACUAAUGUAAUUUUACUAAUGA